AUGUGCCCGCCGCGCAGUGUUCUCCUCGUGGUCAUCCUCACUCUCCUGGCCCAUCUCAACGUGGCCAGAAACCUCCCAGAGGCGGCACCUGGGCCCAGAACAUUCGAAUGCCUCAGCCACUCUCAAAACCUGCUGAAAGCUGUCAGCAGUGCACUUCACAAGGCCAUACAAACCCUAGAAUUUUAUGCCUGCACUUCUGAAGAGAUUGACCAUGAAGAUAUUACAAAAGAUAAAACCAGCACCGUGAAGGCCUGCUUACCCCUGGAGUUAACCAUGAAUGAGAAUUGCUUGCCCUCCAAUGAGACUUCUUCCAUAAAAGAUGAGAGUUGCCUGACUUCCAGAAAGACAUCUUUUAUGAUGACCCUGUGCCUUAGCAGCAUCUAUGAGGACCUCAAGAUCUACCAGGUGGAGUUCAAAGCCGUGAAUGAGAAGCUUCUGAUGGACCCCAGCAGGCAGAUCAUUCUGGAUCAAAACAUGCUGGCAGCUAUUGAUGACCUGAUGCAGGCCCUGAAUUUCAACAGCGAGGAAGUGCCGCAGAGAUCCUCCCCUGACGAGCCGGAUUUUUAUAAAACUAAAGUCAAGCUUUGCAUACUUCUCCAUGCUUUCAGAAUUCGUGCUGUGACUAUCGACAGAAUGAUGAGCUAUCUGAAUUCUUCCUAA